ACGGUUUCUCUCUAACUAGUGAAAACCUCUGGCCGAUGAUCUGCUCUCCUCUGCAGUACUUUUUCGUUUUAUUCGUACUUUAGACUUUUCAAACAAUCAAUAGUUCUAUAUUUACUGCUAAUGUAACAAUGUCAGCUGAGGUGGAGGGUAUUUUGAGAUCAUUUUGGGAGUGGCGUUUACGAGAGAGCCCAGAAUUCGCCACUCAAAUUGGCGUGCACACUUACGAUAACAAAUUGGAUUGUCACAGUUUGGAGGCGUAUGUCAAAAGACAGGAUCCUUGCAAGAUCCUGAUUAAAUCCUUAAGGAUCCUUACAAAGAUCUUGAAAGGUGAUGCUUUGAAUGUAAAACUUCUUGAAAGAGAAAUCCAGACAUAUUUAGAUGGCUGUGGCCACAAGAGCUUCCUGUUCCCUGUGAUAAAUUUGGAAGGACCUCAGCUAGAAUUUGGAAGAUUGAUUUCUUGGAUGAAGUUUGAAACAAAAGAUGACUAUGAAAAGUACCUGUCAAGACUAGAAGCUUUCCCCACUCAGGCAUCUGAAAUAAUUGGAUUACUUGAAGAGGGAGUUAGGACACACCAUAUACCACCACGGCUAACUGUGGUACAUGUGCCUGAUCAAAUCCAAAAAGUGUUGAAUGCAGACUUCACAGAUGAUAAUGAUCUCUCUAAACCACUGAAAAAGUUUCCAGAAACAUUUACAGAGGAGGAGAGGGAAUUGUUUAGAGGGCGUGGUCUGAAACUAAUAGAGGAGAAAGUCAAGCCAGCUUUUAAAAAGAUUCAUGAUUAUUAUGUGGAAAAGUAUCUUCCUCAUACAAGGGAGUCCAUUUCAUGCACUCAUUUUCCAGGUGGAGAUGACUUUUACACACAGGCCUUAAAGUUCCACAUUGCAUGUGACAUGUCAGCGAAGGAAGUCCACGAUCUUGGUCAAAAAGAAGUUAAAAGAAUAAGAUCCAGAAUGGAUGAGAUUAUCAAGGAAGUGGGUUUUCAAGGCAGCUUUAAAGAAUUUCUCGAUAUGCUGAGAACAGAGAAGCGUUUUUAUUUUGAUACGAAGGAAGAACUACUGAAAGGUUAUAAAGAUUUAUGUGCGAAGGUUAUCGAGCCAAAGUUGAAUGUUUACUUCAAAGAAAUGCCAAAGAUGCCAUUUGAGAUUAUUGAGACGCCAGCUGAUGCGGCGCCUGUGGCCCCUGCUGCUUACUAUCUGGGUCCUUCUGAAGAUGGUACAAGGCCGGGGGUGUUUAUGGUGAACACUUACAAACACCAUACAAGACCUAAAUAUGAGAUGGUGUCUCUUGCCCUACACGAGGCGGUACCAGGACAUCACUUACAAACCGCGUUUGCAAUGGAGCAGGAGGAACAACCAUCUUUCAGGCGUUAUGUGGAAGACAGGAGGUACUAUGAAGUACCAGCACGUUUUGCUAUGCACACCGCUUACAUGGAGGGUUGGGGCUUGUAUUGUGAGUUUCUUGGUGAGGAGAUGGGUUUGUACCAAGAUCCGUACGACCUGUUCGGCCGAUUGUCUACCGAAAUUCUCCGAGCGUGUCGGUUAGUCGUCGAUACCGGAAUGCACGCCUUCGGCUGGAGUCGACAACAGGCAGUAGAUUUUAUGGUGGAAAAUACUGCCAUGUCUUUUCAUAAUGUGAACACAGAAAUUGAUCGAUACAUCAUAUGGCCUGGUCAGGCGUGCGCUUACAAAGUGGGCGAAAUCAAGAUCAGGGAACUGCGAAGGAAAGCAGAACAGAAACUGGGUGAUAAAUUUGAUAUCAAAGAUUAUCACCACGUUUUUCUGUCGGCUGGACCAAUGGGCCUUGACACGCUGGAAGAGGCUGUGGACGAGUACAUAGAGAACACAUUGAACAAGUGAACACACGAGAGAGACACUGGUUCUGUGCGCGAGUCUCGACUGGCCUCGUGGUCCCGAGAUUAUCACUUGAUUCCCCUGUUGAUUAUUAACACCCCCGGAAAUCAUAUUUCCCCAUGAUUUUCAAUUCAACUCUCAUUCAAUUCAAUUCAACUCUCUCUCUCUCCGGUCAUUUGUGAAUCCCUGCGAUCAACAUUCACCUUCAUGAUUGUAAGCUGAACCCCCAAAUUGCUGCAGACGCCCGGGAUAUCAAUCGAUACCUUUGAUUUAAAUUUCACCUCCAAAGAUCCUCUCGACUAUUAUUCAUCCCUGUUAUGUGUUGUUACCAAACGUAUUUUUUGUAUUCCUAAGGUGUUUGAGGAUGAAAUCCCUUUAUGACAAGAGAUACCCUCACUACCUCUUGCUAUCAUCCAGUUAUCCCAAAAUUUCACGUCCGUAUAAUUAAUCAGAAUGAAAGCGUAACUGGACCACGCAGAAUUGGAAUAGAGUCGAGGCCUGAAAAUUGGAAUUUUCACCACAAUUGUUAGGACUAAUGCGAUAUAAAAUUGAAUAGAUGCGUAACUCUGCUAUUUUAGAAAAUGAGGUAGGAAUACAGGUAAUAUAAAUACUUAAAAGGUAUAGUUUCUUAUUUAAAUCGUUAAUAUUUUUUUACUUGAAUUUGUAGUAAAGCUCCCCAAAUUUAGAAGAAUGUCGUGCUCGUAAUCUGAAAUGUUAUGGUCGGAAUAGGAAUAGUGAGUUUAAAAUCAUCUCUUAUCAGCGGAUUUUUUGGAAAAAUUGAAUAAAGAAGUUUCGUCUCCACUGACUCAGAGACUGAAACAGUGCAAUUCU